AUGAGGAACGUUUUUAUCAUACUUGUGUUUAUGUGUCAAAUGUUAUCAAAGUUUACGCUUAGUGAAGGCAAUGGACCAUCAAACGAUCAUAAAAUGGAUGUGUUUCUGUGCUGUAAGAGCGUUUUGGAGCCUUGUCGAUCAGCAUGCGAGAGCUUCUCACUUUAUAAAUUAACAACAAUGGCAUCAGCAAGGGACAUUUACCUCCAUAAUCUCCGGAAAUCGUGUCCCGAAUUGCAAUUAGAGUUUUGGGGCUGUAUUAAUAAAGCAAUGGAGUUGAUUGACAAUGGAUCUUAUUGGAUAGGAAGAUCAUGCUGCUCACAUGCUGUCAAUAAAGCUCGUUGCCAGCAAGGAUGUGCACUUUCAUCAUCAUUGUCAACGUUAAAAUCGUUUUGCCGCGAAAGUGACGAAUUUUCACUUUUCUCAUGCGUCAAAACAUUUGAGCGAAAAAUAGAUUGCUGUUCAAAUGCAAAAACACAUGGUUGCCUUACGAUAUGUCAACAAAUGCUGUUGGGAAAAAAUAAGACUACAUCUGUGAAGAUUUUAGAGUCACAGUUGUAUGAAAAUUGCAUGGAGAGUAACGCGAACGUAAUAAAUUGUGUUUAUGAUAAUAUCGAUACAGAAGUAUUCUCAAAUACCAACCAUUUCACGCAUUGCUGCCGACUUGCUCCAUCGAAGGAAUGUCGUGACACGUGCGAGAGCAAUUUAAAUGGCAGUGAAAAUUUAACACAAACCGAAAUUCUUGAGAUUGUUGAGGAUAAAUGUGGAAUGAUUCAAGUGACUAUGGAUUUCUGGAAAUGUUUUCUUAACAAUAAGCCUCAAAGCAAUAGAAAUGAUAUCGGAAGUGAUGUCUCACGAAUUAAAAAUGUCGGAAUCGAUUCGACAAAACUACAUUGUUGCAUUGAGAAAGCUAAAAGUACGCAUUGCCAAAGAAGUUGCUUUAAUGUUUAUUCAUAUGCCGAGAACUACUCGCUACCUAUCACAUUUCAAAAGGAAUGCCUACAAAAUAAUGAUGAAAUUAAUUUAAAACAGUGUAUUGAAGAAAUCGACUAUCCAGUUGAAAUAGGUUGCAAUGGUUUAUCAUUUUGUAAAAACUUCAAUAAUCGACCAACGGAGCUGUUUAGAAAUUGUAAUCCAAUUUCAGACUUAACUGCAAGGAAUGAAUACGAGCAAUGGAUAUUAAAGAAAACAUUAAAUGUUUUCGAUUUUAAUCUUCCAAUAAUUCAAUCAAAAACAUGUAUACCAUUACUGCAAACUGUUUCCUGUAUAUUACAUCUUAAACCGUCGACAAGAUCUUUGCAUUACAAUCAAAUAUGCUGGGAAGAUUGCUUGGAAUUCUUAGGAAAAUGUUUAGAUUUAAAGCAAAACAUGUUAGUAACAAGCAUCUGUUCAAGUUUGUCACCAAACAGAAAUGUUCCGUGUGUUUCAAUAAAACAAUAUUUGAGUCCAAAUGAGGAUUUUAGCAGAGAAACAGAUUUGAUAAUUUCUCCAUGCAGAAAUCAUCAGUGCAAUGUCACAACAGAAAUUUGUGAAAUAGAUCGAAAUACAAAUAACUAUUAUUGCGAACAAGGUGGCUGUCAAAUAGGUGAUGGAUCAAAUUACAUAAUUCCUUCGAAAAGCUACGUAAGAAUACCAUCAUCGUUAAAGAAAGGGUGCUAUAAAAUUUGUAAAUGUAACGACGGAAAUAUUGAAAAAUGUCAAGUCAUACCAUGCGUUUCACCGAAAUCGUGCCAAAUAGGAAAUCAAACAAUUCAACAUGGUGCUUCUUUAAGUAUCGAAUGUAAUAAGUGUACAUGCUAUGCCGAGGAAAUCACAUGUACAAAAAAGCAGUGCCGUUUGCAAGGCAUAACUGAUGUCAGAUCAUUUUCAACGUUACCCUGUAAUUGCCCACCUCAUUAUGUGCCAGUUUGUGGAGUUAAUGGAAAAACGUAUGCUUCUGAGUGCCUUGCAAAAUGCAUUGGAAUGAAGGAAACUGAAUUUGAGUUUGGCACAUGUGAGAGUAGAGAUCCAUGCAAACAAAACAAUUGCCUUCCAAAAUCAACAUGCUUCCCAAAUCGUCAAGUUUGUCUAUCAAGCUUAAGGCAUGCUUGUCCACAAUAUAAAUGCGUUACAGUUAAUUCUAAUAAUUGUGAACAAGAAUUGCUGACUGACACAACUUUUAAAAUUCAUUCAUCAGCUUGCAGUUUAAUUAAAGCAAAGAAGCAAUUAGCUUAUGCUGGUGUAUUUGACAGUAAAGUUUGUAGAAGAUCUGGAACUGUUUGUGGAAUAAAUGGAGUAACAUACAAAAGUGAAUGUGAAGCCAUGAGUGAUUACUCCAUGAUUGAUUAUUAUGGUUACUGCAGAACAGUAGGGACAAUCGACAAAAGACCAGCAUGUGAAAAUGUUAGUUGUCCAAAGAAUAUUCCCCACUAUUGUGGCGAAGGAUUAGUUCCAACAGGAGCUUGUUGUCCUGUCUGUGGAGGCAUUGUUAAGAUAAUUUAUUCAAAGAAACAAAUUGACAGAGGCAUUUACGCCAUGAACAAUACGCAUUUUGAAAUGAUAACAUUAAAAUCAGUUCUUAAGUCACUUCAGAAAUUAAUCAAAGUUCCUUCAUGUUACCUAUCUGGUUUUCUUACAAUUGAGACUGAUAUUAUGAUAGUUGUGUAUAAUAUAGUUAAGGAUCCUACAUUGAUAGAAAUUGAAGUGUGUCGCGAAGAAGCAGUAAAAAUUACAAAUCUUAUUAACACCAGAAGUCAUCAUGUCGUAAGUAAUUUGGGAUUAUCUGCAAUAAUUACUGCUAAUUAUAUUGAACCAGUACCUGCAUCGUCAACGCGACAAACGAACAUAUCAUGUUACAUCGUCAUUUCAAUUAGUCUUAAUUUUAUACUGUGUAUUUUGGACAUAAGUAAAAGAAACAUUCUUUAG